AUUUAGAGUAAACGUUUGGGACGCCAUUUUGUCAUUUGUAUGUUCGGUUCAACUUGAGGAAGGUCUACUGAAAAGUGACUCAAGAAGAAAUAUUUAGAGUUUAAAAUAUGGAAUCCCGUGGUGGUAAGGGAAGAGCUCGUGGAAGGGCUCGUGGUGCUCCACAGGGAGGUGGAGCACCAGGAGGUCCACGACCUGGACCUGGUCAAGGGCCUGGUGCCCAGGGGCCUCCACAACAAAACCGCCCACCUGGUGAUCCUUGGAAUAGAGCAGCAGCUCCUGCUCCUCAACAAGCUCCCCCUGCUGCCCAAAUGGGUCCGUGGGUUAGACCACAAAUGCCAGCUCCAGUUGUGGGUGCUGGAAGGGGAUCACGAUAUGGGGGAGGCGAAACAGGUGAAUUAUCUGCACCUGUAGAACAUGUUAGAGCUGUUCAAGGAGAUGGAGAUGGGGAAAAAUCGCGUGCUACAAGUAGCGGCGUGAGAGGUAGAAAUCUAAAAUAUGAAAUUAUUCGAACAAGGCCCGCUGAUUUACAGACUAAGAAGGGUACAUCUGGAGCUCCUAUUAAUUUGAUCUCCAACUAUUUUCCGUUAAUACAGGCUGGAAAAUUUUUAUUAUUUCAAUACAGGGUUGACUUUAAUCCAGAUGUUGAUCACACCGGAGCUAGAAAAAAAUUUAUGCAUCAAGCACUCAGAGAUACGCUCUCUGGAUAUUUAUUUGAUGGGACAGUGCUUUAUACAGCACAAAGGAUUAGUCCAGAUCCUCUCGAAAAAUUUGUUGAGAAUGAAGCAGGUGAAAAAAUCAGAAUUCAUAUCAGGAUGGUUAGUGAACUGGCCUGGGGUGACUUCCAUUAUAUUCAACUUUUUAAUAUACUGAUUAGAAAGUGUCUCUCUGCAAUGAAGCUCACAUUACUUCAGAGGGACUAUUAUGACCCACAGAGUCAAAUAAACAUUCACGAGCAUAAGUUAUCUUUAUGGCCUGGUUAUUUCACCUCAAUUCGCCAACACGAAAAUCAGGUUAUGAUGAAUAUAGAAUUGGCAUUUAAAGUCCUACGUGAGGACACCUGUUAUAAUAUGUUCCUUGAGUGUAGAGGUCCUGAACCUAGGAAAGAGUUUCAAAGCAAGAUCAUAGGAUCAAGUGUUUUGACCUUUUAUAACAACAGAACUUAUCGCAUAGAUGAUGUAGAUUUUUCUCAAAACGCCGACAGUACAUUCCCAUUGAGAGAUGGCUCACAAAUGAGUUAUGCUCAAUAUUAUGCUGAUAAAUAUAAAAUUAAUAUACGGGAGCGGCGCCAACCCCUUCUCGUAUCACGUAGCAAACCUAGAGAAAUUAGAGCUGGAAUGCCUGAAGUUGUUUAUUUAAUUCCUGAACUCUGCAAGCUAACAGGUUUAUCUGACCGUAUGAGGGAGAAUUUCAAACUUAUGCAAGCCCUAGCAGAUCAUACUCGUGUGGGUCCAGUGGACCGCAUGCGGAAAUUACAAGAUUUCUGCAAGCGCUUCCUGGGAUGUCCAGAAGCUGUAACAGAACUCCGUAAGUGGGAUUUCCAAUUAGCGGACCGUCUAAUCCAAUUCCAAGGACGAGUUCUUCCCAUGGAAACAAUUGUGGCAGCCAAUAACUCGAGGUACCCUGCUGGGCCGAAAGCAGAUUGGACUCGAGACCUGAGGGCUCAAAGAAUGUUCAGUUCUGCGAACAUGACAAGGUUGGUAACAAUUUGUCCGUCGCGCCAGAAGAACGAAUGCUAUGAUUUUCUACAAACUCUGCAAAAAGCGGCCAGAGGUAUGCAGUGGGACAUCGGACAGCCCCAAAUCUACGAUAUACCCGACGACCGAACCAAUACGUUCUGCAAUGCAAUCGAAAAUGUUGCUGCUAAGAUGGACCCCACGCUAAUAAUGUGCGUGCUACCCACCAAUCAAGCUGACAGAUACGGUUCAAUAAAAAAGAAAUGCUACGUUGAUAGAGGGAUUCCUUCUCAAAUCGUACUACGGAAAAACCUUACGUCUAAAGGGGUAAUGUCGAUAGCGACAAAAGUCGCAAUUCAAUUGAAUUGCAAGAUUGGAGGGGCUCCUUGGAGUAUAGUAAUGCCCCUUUCAAAUGUGAUGGUAGUCGGUUAUGAUGUUUGUCGUGACACUUUAAAGAAACAGAGCAGUUUCGCUGCAAUGGUAGCUACACUUGAUAGAGCAAUGACUCGCUAUUAUAACCACGUCUGCGAACAUCAACUACAGGAAGAGCUAUCAGAGAAUAUUAGUGCGUUUUUGAUUGUUGCGUGUCAGAAAUACAAAGAAGUCAAUGGACGGUACCCAGAGAGGAUAUUAAUUUACAGAGAUGGUGUAGGUGAUGGCCAACUACCGUUUGUAUUCACAAUGGAGGUUGAAAGAAUAAAAGAAAAACUUACAAACGAAAUUUACAAAAAUGGCGAUUUAAAAAUGUCAUUCAUUGUUGUCUCAAAAAGAAUAAAUACCCGAUUCUUCACACCAAACUCUAAUCCUCCCCCAGGCACAGUUGUAGAUGAUGUGGUCACACUCCCUGAAAGGUUUGACUUCUUCGUAGUAAGUCAGUGCGUUAACCAGGGAACUGUAGCUCCAACGAGCUACAAUGUUUUAUCGGACAGUAUGGGUUUGUCGCCGGACCGUUUGCAGAUGUUAACAUACAAGCUGUGCCAUAUGUAUUACAACUGGAGUGGUACAGUCAGAGUACCUGCACCCUGCCAGUAUGCGCACAAACUAGCAUUUAUGACCGCUCAACAUUUACAUCGUCCUGCCAAUAGGGCAUUGGAAACGCUUCUAUAUUAUUUGUAAACUUUGGGUGUUAACCCAUGAUAUUGGGUUUUCAUGAAAGAAUUUUUGUUUUUUGUUACUUUUAUAUUUACCUUAGUUUAUAAAAUAGUUUUAAUAUUUGACAAAAGAAUUCGCUAAUAUUUUCUUUUUAAAAUAUUUCGUUUUUAACACUGAAGAGCCAGAGCUACUUGAGGGUUAUAGAAGCAAAAUUCGCUAAGUUAUGUUUAUAAACUCUAUAAUAGCCGUGAAAAUUUAUUGCCUAAACUACUGCGGUAUUUUAAUUUUUUUUUGUUCUAACAUAAAUUCCGCAUAGGAAUUGCUUAAGUUACAAUUUUGAACAAAGAAAUGUUUUAUUAAAUUUUAAAUUUUCUUAAUAUAAAUUCUACAUUUCUUUAGUCGGUAUAAUGAUUAAAAAAGAAAGAUGUACAAUAAGUUAAUUGACUGCAGGAUAACAGGUUUAUAACAGACGACUUUGAGAAAAAAAGAUCAUCACUAAAAUUUUCAUUAGACAUUUUAAACAUUGACAUAUUAAUCUAAAACAUUACAUUUGGUAAUGUCUUGAUUAUCCUGUUUAUUAACGAUUAAUAAUCAGGAUAAAAUCGUAAUCUGCAUAAAAUUUAGUUAAUUAUGAUUUUACAAUAAACAAGUUGCCGUUAUACAGUAACACUUCACACAGAAAUUUGACUCGUGGGUUUUGCUUCUAGACCUUCCUUGCUUCUAAAAUAAAAUAAAAUUAAAAUUUUCAAGAGUUCCUAAUAAAUUUUUUAAGAACUAAUAUUUGUUAGAUCUUUUUAUUUUAUUAAUGGUCGUUACAGUUGUUGGUAUUUUGGUUAUAUUCUCUGAAUUUUUUUUUAUUUUGCACAAUGGUUGGUUGCUAUUCUGACUCUAGAUGCGUCUGCUAUUUCUUGUAUGGUUUUAUUUACGACUUCGUUGUUUGUUAUGUGAUAUGUCCUGUUUCUGAUCCUAUAUACUCAGUUUUCUGUCCUUAUUAUAUUCGGCCAUUAUUUUUUUUCUUCUAAUCUCAGCGUAUAGGGUAUGUAGUGCAGUAGCAGAGCCAGUAUAAGGCUUGUCUAAUUUUACGUUUUAUUAAAACUAAACAUACCUUUUUCCGUUUAUUUUUGCUAUGAAUUCCGUUUUUUAAAUUUUUGAUUUGUUGUGCCAGCUAAUCUUAUAUUCUUACCAGUAAAUGUCACUCGUUUCAUCACUAUUUUGCGAUUUGAUUGUCCGAACUUUCCUUACUUUCUACAUUUUUUAACUGUUCCCCAUUGUUUCUUUCACAGAGCAUAUGGUGGCUACUUAUUUGUUUAUUAGAAAUUUCUUAUUGAUUUUCCAUUUAUCUUCGCCUUCGUUAUUCCAUUAAUAGUUACCAAGAGUAUAGAGAUACCAACACUGGUUAUUGUAUUAGUUUUUUUUUGUUUUUCGUCUUAUAAUACAAAAAAAGUUUUUCAAAUUAAUAUUACUCAUAAUUCAAAAAAUGGAUAAUACAUUGUGAUACAUUUCACGGCUGUUUAUCAAGUAUUUUAAUGGAUGUAAUAUCAACUUAAU